GAGGUAGACGAACACACGAUACGGAGAGACAAGAGGAGAAGAGGAAAGUGAGACAGAGAGGAGGGAGGACAGGAAACAUAGAGAAGAGAGGAGUGCCGGAUGAUGGGAAAAGUGUGAGUAGAGGAUAGAUAGAGGGAAAGAUAGACCGAGGCGGACGGCAUCAUGUUAGGAUUAAGGUGUGUCCUUCUGUGUCUAGAGUUUUCAUUCACAUAACAGGCAGGAGGAGCAGCACUUUCCCUCUCCGACUCUCAUCUCACACACACACACACACGUGCAUUUACAACACACACAUUUUUGCUGCGGAGAGGGACCAACUCCCCUCCUCUGUGACUCCAGGGGGAAGAGGGGGAAGCGACAGAUUUUACAGCUCACACACACACACACACACACUCCUCUGGUUUCUCUCAUCACACACACCCAGCAAAGCACAUGUGUUUCAGAGUGGAGCAACGACAGAAGGAUGCAUCAUGAAGUCUCAGCAGAAAUGCAUUGUGAUCUUUGCCUUGGUGUGCUGCUUCGCCGUGCUGGUGGCGUUGAUUUUCUCGGCAGUGGACAUUUGGGGCGAGGACGAAGACGGGAUCACUGAGGAGAACUGUAGCAGGAACUGCAGAGUGGUGCUGGUGGAGAACAUCCCAGAUGACAUCUCCUUCUUAGACAAUAGUACAUCACAUCUCCCUCUGUCAGUGGGGCUGUACGACUUACUGGACCGAGCUAUCCGAGCCGUGGAGAUAGUUUCCCCACUGUGGAUCCUCAAUUCUUCUGAUUACGAGUCCAGCUUCCAGCCUGCUGCCAGACAGGGAAGGGCUCUGCUGUCCAGGCUGCAGGGGCUGAAAGCUAAAGGGAUCCAGCUGAAGAUCUCCAGCGGGAUGAUCGACUCCACUGAGCUCGGGAUCCUCGCCAAACACUAUGCUGAAGUCCACUAUGUGAACACGACAGCACUGACCAAAGGCAACCUCCACUCGUCCUUCUGGGUGGUCGACAGGAGACAUUUCUACAUCGGCAGCGCCAGCAUGGACUGGAGAUCCCUGGCCACAAGGAAGGAGCUGGGUGUGUUGGUGUACGACUGCAGCUGCCUAGCUCUGGACCUCCACAGAGUGUUCAGCCUCUACUGGGGGCUCCAGUAUAAAGACUUCAUCCCCUCCUUCUGGUCCAAGCGCCUCUUUGCCCUCUUCAACAGGGACGAACCACUGGAACUCACUCUCAACAGCACAAAGGCUCAGGCUUACGUCUCUAGCUCACCAGAUGUUUUCAUCCCCAAAGAUCGUAGCAGUGAUCUUGACGCCAUUUCCAGAGUCAUCCAGGAGGCUCGCCAUUUCAUAUAUAUAUCCAUCAUCGAUUACCUGCCCCUCCUCGGCCGCAGUGCUCAAAGGUACUGGUCUCGUAUUGACGGCCUUAUCCGGGAGGCUUUGAUCCUGAGGAAGGUCCGGGUCCGUCUGCUGAUAAGCUGCUGGGAAAAGACUCAUCCACUUACUUUCAACUUCAUCUGGUCCCUGAAGAGUUUGUGCAUGGAGCAGGCCAACUGCUCACUGGAAGCUAAGUUCUUCAACCCCAGAGUGCAGAGGGAUGGCAGUCUCCAGGGAGUAAACCACAACAGGUUUAUGGUGACAGACAGAGCCAUUUAUUUAGGUAACCUUGACUGGGUGGGGAAUGAGUUCAUCUUUAACGCAGGAGCAGGCCUGGUGAUCAGUCAGCCGGAGGGCAUCGAGGAGAGGAACUCUACAGUGGUGGAGCAGCUACGGGCUGCUUUCGAGAGGGACUGGUUUUCACGUUACACCCGCUCACUGCAGGCCAACAAGAUCCCUGUCUGCAACAAGCACCAGAUCAACAGGCUGGUGCCAGGCAAAACCAGCCACUUAGACAAUGGACCAGUGCCUAUCAGAACAGGCCAGCAUGAUAACGGGCCUGCACCGAUCAGAGGCAGUCACAAAGAUGAUGCACAUGUGGCAGUUAAAACAAGGCACUAUGACGAGAGACUGAGCAAAAUGAGUCGCCAAGGCAAGGCCAGUGGACUGGUGCCAGUUAUAGACAGUUACCAAGAGAGGGGACGAGUCAAAAUGAGUCAACUUGACAACAGACAGGUACAAGUCAAAGGUACUCACCGUGACAAUCCAAUGGAACCACCCACUCAGUCAGCUGAGAGCAGCGGUAGCAGAGAGAUCUUCAAUGGAUCCCUGUGACUACAAGUGUGAUGGGUUCCUUUUCGCUGAAUGAUGUUUGGAGAAUCGCUCUUUUCCAGGAACAGUGGAUUUAACACACUGGGUCUUUGUAGCAUUUUAUUGUUACCAUUUUGAAGAAAAAAACUUUAAAGAUAUAAGUAACAUCUGGUUUGCAGGACUUGAUAAUGUUCACAGAAGAACUCAGGAAGGAAAGUAAAUGCUCCGCUGCAGUCUGGAACAUUUGAUGGAUAUUUUUUAAAGAAUGAAACCAAAACAUUUUGGUUCAUAAGACAAACUGUAAUAAUAACUUACAGCCUUGCUCCUUAUUUAAUCUUUUUUGUCUCCUUGUUGAGAUCUCUCAAGCAAAGGAAACAGAUGAAAUCUUACUGACUGCCUAAUUAUUGUUGUCACUUUAGCUGUUUGUGGCAGUCAUAACGUAUCACCCUUUAAAAGGGGAAUGACGCCUGCAUACCUCUGCAGAGAUGGGAGGCAGUGCAGCACGUGUAGCUACACUAGCUACAUUUAGCAUUAAAGAUACACUCCAAAGUAGUGGGGGAUUUACUACACAGCUUUAUAUGCUAUGUGUACUCAGAUUGGUAGUGGACACUUGGCCUCAUGUAAAUAGUUUGUGCAUCUCCAGCAGUAUUCUGAAGUAAGUUACUGUGCAUUCAAACAGUUACUUAAAACUGUAAAGUUAUUUAUUACAGUCAAUUGGUAUCUUCAUCCCAAACCAAAUCAACAUGAUACCACUAGUUUAAUAAACUACAUUGGAUCAAAUGGCAUUAAUAGAAAUAGACAAGCUGAUGUGUACGUAUUAAUAACCCAAUUACCAGAAUAAAUGUUGACAUUGUAUGUAGGUUUCUGCAAACCACACGUGUUGUACAUUACAAUGUAGUGGAUACUUCGAAACUCUAUGAUUCAACAUCAUUGUGGUUAAUGUGUAGUAGAGUUUAGGCACAAAAGCUUUCCACUUGAAUAUGGAACGGAAAAGAUCAUGUUUUCACUUAAAAUUCACAUUUUCAGUAGCACAAUCCCAGAAGGUAAUACAGCAAUGUCUAUUAAAAACAAUCACUUUUUGUGGCACUAUCUCCACUGGAAAAACAGUGUCAGGUCAUUAGAAAAGACCCAAAUUUGGUGACUUAAAAAACUGCAGGAAAUAGCUUUCUGUGGCAUUAUCCCUAGUUAGUGAAAAACAAUGAUAGGGUGCUAAACAAACCACCAACUUUUGGUGGUUAGAAAGCCACCGGAAAGACAGCUUUGACUCACUAAAACACAAGCAGGUUUUUUUGUUUGUUGAUCUCGAACAGUGGUCUGCAGUGUUCUGCAGCUUGGCAGGCGUCUCGUCUAGGUCCACCUGCUGCUGACAAAGUGAGCUCAUAUAUUAAUAAUGAUAUAUAAUAAUAAUGAUUUAUUUGUAUAGCACUUGGUUAGAAAGGUUACAAAGUGCUUCACAAAGUGCAUAGAAAUAGGACAACAAAACAAUGUAUAAAGCACAAAAGUUACAAAUCACAAAAGUACAAAUCAGGCAUUAAAAGGGAAAGCUUUCCUAUAAAAAUAUGUUUUAACAGUUAAUGUGCUAGCCAGCCUGAUCUCCUCAGGCAGAGAAUUCAAGAGCCUUGAUGAAAGCCUUGGCGAAAGCCCGGUCACCUUUAGUUACCAGCCUUGAUCUAGGGAUGACUAGUGAGGGUAGGCUUGAGGAUCUCAGGUCAUGACUUGGAGCAUAGGUAAUCAGAAGCUCAGUUAAAUAACUCAGCGCUAAACCAUGUUUUAAAAGUUAUUAAAAGAAUCUUAAAAUCAAUUCAGAAGUGAACUGGCAGCGGAGGGAGGCAAGAAUUGGGCUGAUAUGUGACCUACUAUUUUUUCCAGUCGAGAAAAAAUCGCAGAGCUACUGAAGAUUUACUGAGGCAUGUAAACACUUUACAUAAAGUAUUACAUCACUUUAUAAACAUUGAUAUGAUACAUAUGAAACAUAAAAAUGUAAUGUAUUUGUGGUUUUCAGAAAUGCCAGCAUUUUCCUCUGGUGACUGGGCUGAAUUAAUACAAAUCCCUCGAGACAGUUUUUAAAUGUUUGUGCUGAGGAGUCAAAUUCGCAAUUUUAUUUCUACUCACAAGAACACACUGAGUACUAGAAACAACCCCAUGACUCAUUCUGAGGGCUGACCAGGUGAGGAGCUUGGGCUCAAAAGGGAAUAAUCAAAUCAUGUCCGCCAUGUUUUAAUCUCAAUACCAGGAGCACUAAACACUGCACAGAGAGCAGUUACAUAAUCCAGGAUGUGAUGCAUCACAUACCUCUCCACAGCAGGAUGGCCUUUAUCAAAAUGGAGGUUGUAAUUGAAUUAGAUGAUGCACCUAUUCUACUGUGUUUAUUACAUAACACCAAAUGCAUUAUGGCGUGGAGGUUUCAAUCAGGCGCCACCGCUGAAAAACGACAGCCUUCAUUAGUUUAAGUGGAAGACAGGUAUUUUUUCCCAGAGGAAGAGUGGUUAUCGAUCUGACCACCGCCUUAUAGAUAAUCAUUCCAGUUCCCGUAUAGAAAUCCUAUAGGAACAGAGGAGGAAUUGAAUGGAUAUCUAUAGCAUUCAAUGUUGUGACUUAUUGAACAAAUACUAAAGGAGCAGUUAGCCAAAGGGGCCAGAGGGUCUCUGCUGUCAGCCAAAUCAAUACAAUGAAUUUUUAACAGAGCUCGACAGUUGCAGUUGCUGCAGUUUAACCUCAAGGACAUUGUUGAUUGUAAUGUCAUGCC